AUGUCUUCCCCAUCCCCAACAUCGUACUUGGCAUUUCUUGAUGGCGUGAUCGACUUUACUUUGCGACUCGCGGAGGCUGGCGACCGCUUCCCCGUGGCGCCUCCGCCGGACGUUGGGCCGGAGCUAGUCGCGGAGGUCCGCCGGAUUCUUGAAUGUGUUCGCGAAGCCCAGAACAAUAGAGUCACGGUUCCCUGGGAUAAUCGAUCUUAUGAUGUGGCUGUAGGCGGCCAUGAAGGGCGCACCUGGUCUUUUGAGAUGGCCCUGCGAGAACAGUUUCGACCCUUACCGACCAUGAGCAUCAAUCGACCGACCUUAUUUGAGGAUAUCAAAAACCAAGCUCUGGUCUACUAUCUCUCAGAAUGUAUUUCCGAAGGUCGACAGGCUCGAAUCGCAGAUACCAUUGGAGUGUUGGCUCCCACAUUUCGGGCGAAUGGGCCCAAAGUCAUACGGAAGCUGCCCGGAGCUCCUCGCUCCGCAGCAGCCUGGCGCAAUGCGGAGAACUUAUUCCUCAAGUCCCACCAAUGUGAUAAGUUCGGGCGCGGCAACAUCAGCGGCGCACCAGCGUGGCAGCAGCAGGCCAAAACUGGCUGGACGAGUUCUAUUCAUGUCUCCGCGGACCUUGCGCCUCCGCCGGGGAAGCGCGGACCCUCCGCCGGACAACUCGGGUUCCAAACUUUCUUCGCGGAGAAUCUCGAGACCGGGAUUCUUGUUUCCACAGCUCUGGUCCUUACCCAUCCCGAGCAGUAUGCUCUCACUAGGGCAGCACUCGAACGUCUGUCCACCAUCGACCACAUCUCCGAGCGACUCUUGGAAUGGUCGUUUUCGUUUAAUGUUGUGACGGUGAUCGCGAACCGUCAAGCCCCUUUUCAUCGAGACAGAUCAAGUGGAGGAUCCGAGUGGUUGGAGGUGCUACUUACGAUUGGAGGUGAUCCUGAGACUGUGCUAGAACUGCCAGGAAUUGGGGUCCGCUUUCAAUAUCGGUCGGGCACAAUGGCACUCUUCGCUGGCUAUACACAUCUUCAUGGUGUUAGCGAGUCGACCAAAGAGCGAGUGUGCAUCGCGAGUUAUGCACGCCCUUCGGUGCAAAGGCUAUUUCGUCUUCACAACCCAGAUCCCCCGACAGUCAUGAGAUCGCUGCAUCACAACCUGUGGAGGCAAUACAUUGCGGACAUACUUGCAUGGGCUCGACAGCCUGAGUUUACCUGCUAG